CAUGCGCAGUGCCGUCCGCCCUCAUCACUUCCGGUAGAUCCGGUGUGUUUACAUCAGGUGGUUCUGUUCCACAUCUGGACCAUCCGCUGAAACCCGCCACGCGCCGCAGACCCACAUCGGUCCACUCCACGCACACCGGAGACCGGAAGCAUGCCCCCGGCCGCCGCCUUCCACGCGCAGCUCGCCUCCAUCAUGGAGGUGCUCGCGAACACGGCCGUGGCGGAGAUCUGCGACCUCGUGGACAGCGGCUACUCGGUGCUGCAGCUGGAGAUCUCACGGAGCCGCAAAGAAAACGAGCUGCUGCGGCGAAAACUGCGCCUUAUGGAGCUGAGGGCCACGCGCGCAUCCGCCCUGCGCGCCGCCGUCACGGCCAGCGGCGGCGGGGGGCUCCUUCACGCGCACGGGCGCGCGCGAGCUCAGCUGAGCGGUCACCCUCCCGGUAGAGGGCCGCGGAGGACCGGGGCCCCCGGAGGUGAGACAGUGGUGUUCAGUGUGUCCACCCCAGACCCAGACCCGGUCCCAGGUCCUGGACCAGAAACCACUCAGCAGACGGCGUCUUCAGCUGACCCGGUCCAGUUGAGCCCCGCUGUCUUCAAGGUGGAGGACAAUGACCAGUCCUGGACCAGACCUGAACCCAACAGUGAUUUCUCUCGACUCGUUGAUGGACAGAACACAGAAACUGAAGCUCCGCCCCCAGUGACCAAACAGGAAGUAACAGAUGACGCCAUCUCGUCCUGCUCCUGGGCAAACAGUGACAUCGCUCCGAGACCGGAAACCAGCGACGCGGUCGGAUUCGACCGUCUGAUGUUCGACCCUCAGCUCUCACACGGGCCCUGCUCUACCCAGAAUGCUUUGGGUGAGGACCUUGGUCAUCCGUUCGUGAUGAACACCGGCGUGAGCGCGCCCGGUGACAUGACAGCAGCCGAGGGCCCCCAGAGGGCGGGGUUAGCGCCCGCUGAGCAGCAUCGCCCCGACAACAUGGAGCUGAAUGUUUCGAUGAGGCCGGACGAGUGGAGACGCCAGGACGACGGACUCAGAGCGAGAGGCUCCGCCCACAGGGAGGACGGCAGCAGCGGUAGCGAGCGGUCGUUCGUCUGUAACUUCUGCGGGAAAACGCUGGCGUGUCUGAAGAACCUGAAGACCCACCUGAGGGUCCACACCGGAGAGAAGCCCUUCAUGUGCGCGCUGUGCGGGAAGCGUUUCUCUGACUCGUCCAACCUCAAACGCCACCAGAGCGUCCACACCGGCGAGAAGCGCUACGGCUGCGUGCACUGCGGGAAACGCUUCGCCCAGUCCGGCUCGCUGAAGGUGCACAUGACCGUCCACACCGACUGCAAACAGUUCAAGUGUUCCGUCUGCGGGAAGACCUUCAUCUCCAUCGGACACCUGCGGCGCCACAUCAGCGUCCACACCGGGGACAAAUGCCAUGACGCCACGGCGUAACAGCGUCGGUGGGCGGAGUCAGAGGAUUCCUGCGAAAACAAUAUACGAGACGAAACACAGCAGCGGAUAUAAUAAAGAGUGGACUACAAAUGGAAUGCGUGUGAGGGGCGGGGUUUACUUAUAAUG